AUGGGCCUUCUAUUCAAGCUGAUGGUGCUGCUUCGUGUGGGUCUGGGGCUAGCCAUAUCCAUUGAGAUGUACGACUUCCUCGACCACCAGGCCUCUCUAGCACAAAUUGCAUAUUGCAUCAAUGGGAAAGGCGGACUGAGAAGAGGACCCGAUUCAGAGCUCAUUUUCCCCUCGCAAUUGGACACAUCUGUUGAUGCUAACGAGACCCUUGGGGAACAGCGAAGAUACACCCUGGAGACAAUCAUUGACCCAGGCUCCGGGUACGUCCUGGUGGACCAUCUUUGCUGCACAAUCCACCUUGUUUUCAGAGGCUCCAAGACCCAAGAUGAUUGGCUAUCGGACGCAAGUUUCUUGCCAUCGAAAUUCGAACCCAUUGUUCUGAAAGAAUCCGCUUGGAAAGAGGUCUGGGGCUAUCCGUUGGCCUCAGCAGCAGUAGGGCUAAUGAGUCCCUCACAAGCCCUCGCGAAAUGGUCCGAGGUGUUUGAAGAAGGGUUUUGGGUUCAUACUGGAUUUUUUGCGACUGUUGAGCGGAUACUACCGGUUGUUUUGGGAGCUGUGGUUAAAGCACAAGUAAACAACCACGGCUACACGGUCGAAGUGACGGGUCAUUCGAUGGGUGGCGCAGUCGCCCUUCUCUGUGCAAUUGAGUUUGAUCUGGUGGGCAUGCAAGUGGGCGUCACCACGUUUUCGGCGCCGAGAACGUUUUCACCCAAACUCGCGCGGUUUGUGGACUCGAGGUUUGUCCACAGAAGAGUAGUUCAUGGGGGCGAUAUUGUGCCAUACGUUCCACCGCGACCAAUAUAUGGACAUAGUGGAACUGAGAUGUAUGUUGCGAAGAAAGGGUUGCCGCAUGCCGCAAGCGAUGUGGCGGUGAGAGGUGGAGGUGGGGAAGCGCAGAACGCGGAAGCGCAGGAUGCAGACAAUGAGGACGAACUAGUGGAAUCCACCGGAAUAGGCGAACAAUUGCUCCAUAGAAUCAAAAAAGCUCUUGGAUCUGCGGAACAUUCCAAUUUGCUGCGACAGUUGAGCCAAUGUGCAAGGUUGUAG